AUGGCGGCGGCGCUGGCUCCCCCGGCGCCGGCCCCGGACGGAGGCGCCCCCCCGGCCCCGCCGCCGCCCCCGCCGCCGCACGAGGUCAAGAGCCAGUUCCGCACCCGCGAGGGCUCCUACCGGCUGCUGGGCGGCCCCGAGCCCCGAGCCAGGCCCGCCGCGCCCCCCGCCCCGCCGCCGCCGCCCCUGCCGCCCGCCGGAGCCCCCGCGCCGCCCGCCCCGUCGCUGCCGCCCGUCCGCCUCUCGCUGGUGCGGCUGGGCCUGGCCGCGGGAGCAGGGGAGCCCUGCGCCGACGGAGAGGCGGGCGGCCCGGGCGCCGAGCGGAGCCGCGUCUGCUUCAACCUGGGCCGGGAGCUCUACUUCUACUCGGGCGCCGCCGGGCGGGGAAGGAGGUCCAUCGACCUGAAGAAACCCAUCGACAAGCGGAUCUACAAGGGGACGCAGCCCACCUGCCAUGACUUCAACCAGUUCACGGCGGCUUCCGAAAGCAUCUCCCUCCUGGUGGGCUUCUCAGCUGGGCAAGUGCAGUACCUGGAUCUGAUCAAGAAAGAUACCAGUAAGCUAUUUAAUGAGGAGAGGCUCAUCGACAAGUCAAAGGUUACCUUUGUGAAGUGGAUCCCCGAGUCGGAGAGCCUCUUCCUGGCCUCCCACGCCAGCGGGCACCUGUACCUCUACAACGUGGAGCAGCCCUGCGUCUCGGCCGCCCCUCAGUACACCCUCCUCAAACAAGGCGAGGGCUUCACCGUUUACGCCUGCAAGAGCAAGAACGCCCGGAACCCGCUGCUGAAGUGGGCGGUGGGCGAGGGGGCCCUGAACGAGUUUGCCUUCUCGCCCGACGGGCGCUACCUGGCGUGCGUCAGUCAAGACGGCUGCCUGCGGGUCUUCCAUUUCGACUCCAUGCUGCUCCAGGGCAUGAUGAAGAGCUACUUUGGGGGGUUGCUGUGCGUCUGCUGGAGCCCCGACGGACGCUACAUCGUCACGGGGGGAGAGGACGACCUGGUCACGGUGUGGUCUUUCGCAGAGGGCCGGGUCAUCGCCCGGGGCCACGGGCACAAGUCCUGGGUCAACGCGGUGGCCUUCGACCCCUACACCACCAGCACGGAGGACGAGGAGAGCGGGGAGCUGAGCGGCAGCGACGAGGACCUGCAGGAUUCGUCCGAGUUCAGGCGGGUGAGGACCAGCAGCACUCUCUCCCACCUGUCCAAGCACAGCGCCAAAAGCACCCCCUCCGUCACCUACCGGUUCGGCUCCGCCGGGCAGGACACCCAGUUCUGCCUCUGGGACCUGACCGAAGACGUGCUGUACCCCCACCACCUGCUGCCCCGCACCCGAACGCUCACCAACACCUUUGGGACCGGCAUCCCUCCCUCGGGCAGCGGGGGCAGCAACCUGGCCGCCGAGUCGGGUGGCGGCGGAGGGCCACUUCCCCGCUCCCUCUCGCGCUCCAACAGCCUGCCGCACCCGGCCGUCACCAGCACCGCCAAAAGCCACGCGGCGGACGGGGCGGUGCCCUUCAGCAUCGGCAAAUUCGCCACCCUCACCUUGCAGGAGCGGAGGGACAAGAACGCGGAGAAAGAGCACAAGCGUUACCACAGCCUGGGCAACAUCAGCAAGAGCAGCGACAAGCUGAACGUGGUGCCCAGGAGCAAGCUGGACACGGCCAAGGUCUUGGGCACGGCCCUGUGCCCCCGCAUCCACGAAGUGCCCCUGCUGGAGCCCCUGGUGUGCAAGAAGAUCGCCCACGAGCGGCUGACCGUCUUGCUCUUCCUGGAGGACUCUAUCAUCACCGCCUGCCAGGAAGGCCUGAUCUGCACCUGGGCCAGGCCAGGCAAGGCGAUCCUGAAUUCCCAGAACGGGGGCUCUCCCAGCGGCACAAUCGUGUGAACGGCACUCACUGGCUCUCCGGCUUGGAACCGGAGUGGGACUGCUUCCGGUUCCUUUGCUCCGCGGAGCAGACGUGACCCAAGAGGGGAAAGUUCUGGGACCUUUUCAGCGCGCGUGUGUACAGGUUGUCUGUCCCCAUCCCUCGCCUGUGAAACCCGACCCUGCGGCCAUGUGGAAUCCUAACCGUUUAACCUCUCGAGACCAACGGCGUAGUUGAAGGGCGAACGGCGCCUCUCCGCUAUUUAAAAGUAUUAAUGAACGAAACUCUCUUAUUUAAUGUUAAGGUUUGAGCACAGGGUGCUUGGAGGGGCUGAUUUUGCACAAAGGUGAACUGAGCUACCCCUUCCCCCCCCCCUCCUCUCCUCCCCCCACUCCAUCCAGACCUAUCCCUAACUCCAUCGUCCUGGUUGCUUGGGGGUGGGCGGAGGAAUCCUCCCCCCCCCCCCAGAAGGAGACAGUUUUGUACAGGGGAGAAUCAUGCCCUGUCAUGUGUAACAGUCCUUUUGUUCCCUCUCCCCCCCCCCUUUGCUUUAAUUCCAUUUUUGCACAGAAAGUUCCAGUAUCUCUGUUGCCCGGAGGUAUCAGAUGCACCUCUGUCCGGCAGAUAGUUCUCUCUCGACUUUCUCACCGCGGAUGGUCCUCCCCCACCUUCCUCCUCCUCCCCGCUCAGCCAACGGACUCUCCUAGAGAGACUGCUUACAAACGUUUAGAGAUCCAGCACGAAACUGCCAGGGAAUUCUCGUCAUCUGUGGUUUCCGACGUCUUUUGCUGUCUUGUGGACUCUCUGCUCCGGCUUCUCGCAUCCACCCGGCUUCAUCUCGGAAGGGGCCUCUCGCCGUUGGCGAUGUUUCUCAAGGACGGUUUCAUCCUCCAAUCCACUCCUUUCUCCCACCCACCCACCCACCCCUCGGAAUGGGGGUCUCCUUUUUGGGCCGGCAAUUUCUGGCCAAAAUUGAUCCUUUCUUUCCGACACUUCUUUUUUGCCGUUGUUGUCUGUUCUGCCGAUGUCCGUGUUUAUGCAUUGGUCGAUCCCAACACAUCCGCACUCUUGAUUUGCACGGACUCGUUCCGCAGUCUUUAAACCAACUCCCUUCCUCUCAGCCUCCGCCACUUGGAAGAGGUGCGGAUUUCAACUUCCCAGAAUUUCCCAGCCAGCCAUGAUGGAAAAGGGAGUCCAGGAAUCUUAAUAAGUUGCUGAGGUCAAGGCACAGCCUUCUAGAUUAUGUAGCUGACGCUUAUCCAGUCAGUUGCUCAGUUCAUUCAGCCUUCGGCUUUGAGCUUCACCUCCUUGUGGAGUUGUUUUUGGCCGCAAAAAGUAAACCUCUAGGGUGGUCCAUGGCAAAUCCUGGCUUCUGGAGCUGCGUUUCUCCACCUUGAUGCGCCAGGCUAAUUCAGAUGGGCGAAGGGGGUCUUGGUGCUCUCUGAACUUGGUGGUCUUCUUGCAAACGUUUCAUGACCCAAACUAGAUAACUAAGGAGUGGGGCUUGGUGUGCAAACCUCCCUCCUUACCAGCUACUGAUGACGUUACCUAGUUUGGUCAUGAAACGUCUGCAAGAAGACCACCAAGCUCAGAGAGAGCACCAGGGACCCCUCAUUUCAGCCCCGAGCUCCAAAUAUUCUCCUUUUAUUGCGAUGCGCUCAUGUUCCUGUUUCGCUUAUUUUAAGUCAGCGGAGCAGAGCCGUAUUUCAAAACCUCAGCACAGGUGGGCUCUCAAUUCCCAGAAUGCAUCCUGGGGCUGGGAAUUCUGGAGUUGGGAGUCUAAACAUUCUUGGAAGUUGCCAAGGAAACGACAGGGUCAGAUUUUGAAUUCUGGAUGUCUCUAGGGUUUGAUGGGCUUCAGCCCGAUUUUAGGUUCGGGUUGCCUAAGGCGAAGGAGGGAAAGGAUGAGGUCUCCCAACUCCCAGCUCCUCCAAAAACAGAUUCGGAGCCAAGCAAAACAUUUUUUUUUAAGCGUUUUAAAUUUAGCACGGAGUCUCGAAAAUAUCCCAAGUAUGCUUUGGGCCUGUGGACAAUUAAGGAUAGUCUUGAGAGAGAGGAGUUGCCGCAAUUGUAUAAUGGAUCAUUAUAAAUGUCAAAAUGUGUACCGUUGUUUUCGGCAAGUCUCCCUCCUUUAAAAGAUGCAGAUUUUGGUUGGAUUUGAAUCGGUUUUAGGGGUGCAUAUUUUUAGCCAGUUUGGCUUCCUUGAUUUGAUCAGUGGGGGGGGGAAAAAAAACCUAAGAAUUUGGCUCACGUUUAGUGGCUAGAUAACCGUGAUGGCAAACCUGUGGCACGCACGGCCCUCUCCGUCGGCACAUGUGCCACCAUCAGGUGCUCUUCUGGUUUCCUACCGGCUGGGGAAUUCUGGGAGUUGAAGUCCACACGUCUUCAAGUCAUCGAGGUUGAGAAACACGGCAUCGGAGGGUCCCGUAAGUCUCCUUGGGAAGAGACUCAGUCUCUCUACAAAUUGUCUCCUCCGUCUUCUUCGUAGGCGAUGGAUGCGCAGUCCAAACAUCCUCUGUCAGUCCGAUCUUAGGAGUGGCUUUCCUCGAGAUCCUGGGAAUGUUUUUGUAGGGCAGCGAGUUCUAAUCCCGGCUGCCGCCUACACCCCGUGGAGGAGAAUUAUUUCAGCGCUCGCCAUUUCCAUGCUCCUCUCGCGAGGCCCGAGGUAUAAAACCUGCGUCCGUCCGUCGGCUUGACCAGGGUUUCCCCCGCCGGCUGUGUGAACCCUCGACAGCCUUCCGUACCGACGAGGGAUCGUUCACCGCCCCGUCGGAUUCCUUCAAUACGUCUGGCUCUCCAGGUUGCCAAAUUCAAAAGACCCUCACCCCCAGGGUGAAUGAAGGACCUAACACAGGGGCGUCUCCCCUCCCCCAGGAUUAAAAAGCCAUAUCGGUCUACAACCACGGACCCCUGCUUCACCACGAAGCGACCGGGGAGGGGAAGGGAGAACCUUCGUUUCCCAUCAGAUCCGCUUGGAUUCUUUGCAGCGAGACGGAGGGACCUCGGAAAAACAGUAUUAAUUUGCUUUUCCUUCCUCUGCCCCCGAUUCCUUCCCUCCCCGUGCAUGUCUGCCUCCCCCACCCCCUGUGACUUCUGUAAGAAGCCAGCUGGUGUCUGGCAGCCAGGUUCUCCCCCCCUCCCAUCCUUUUGCCUCCCCCCCCCCCAAUAACAUCUGAAAACUGCCAAUAACUGCUGUCGUCGUCCCCCCGGUGCCUUUCGUUACUUUACUACCUGCUCUAAACGUUUGUUACUGUCGUGUCUGAAAAAGCGUUUAAAUUAUAGAAAUCGUGAAUGCCUAUUUAUACUAAAGAGAACCGUUUUCACA